AUGUCAGCCCUGGCACGACCCAUGAAACAGCGCUUUGGCUCACCCAUCAUCUUCUUGCUGGCUCUCUUCGCGGCCAUUUCAUACGGUUACCUCUACCUCAUGUUCACGACCAUCACAUCCAUAUUUGAAAGCACCUAUGGCUUCUCGGCAGGCUUGAGUGGCUUGGCAUAUUUGGGCUUCGGCGUUGGUUCCCUGCUGAGUCUAGCUGUGGUCGGAAAAAUCGUCAACCACAUUGCGGUCACCCAUUCGGCUCGAGGCUGUUUCACUCCCGAAUCUCGUUUGCCGCCCAUGGUCUAUGGCUGCUGGGGCAUUCCAAUCCGCCUGUUCUGGUACGGAUGGUCUGUGCAAGCGCACACCCAUGGAUCGUCCCGAUCUUGGGGACAGGCGUAG